UCAUGGUGGCGCUAUCAUUCUAAAACGAUGGCGGAGGUGGGCAGGCGAAGAUACCAAAAAAGUGCGAAAAGAAGAUCCGAUGCAAUAAAUUUUCUAGCCAACAUUUCGCUUGACGGUAGUUUUUCACAGCCAGAAGACAGUCCAGUCAAGGCAGAGGAUAAAAAUGAAUCUCGUGGGGAGAAGGGAACAGCAAGAAUUGUCGCUGAACAACAAGAGAAGCAGACGUCGGACUCGACUUUGUACGUUCCAAAAGUACGGGACACGACAGAGACGGACGCUUCGACCAGCGAGAUAAUGUUAAAGCCCCGGGCGACUGAGAGCUUUUCCCCCGGCGAGGCCCGCGGCCGCACACGCUCAGCCGCCAAGGCAGUUAUCGGAGCAUCCUAUGGAGGUUUACGCGUCAAGUCGUUCUCCAGUGAUAAAGGGUCGCCGCUUCUUCCAAGUAAAUUCGAUCCAGGAUCAAGACCGAGAGCUCAAACACAGAUCUCCGCAGCUGAGCAGAUUAAACGCCGCCCUCAUCACCCAGGGCUGGCCAUUGAUUGCGCUGUGGUUGAGGGCGCUGUUGCUCCCAAGCCAGCGCCCUACCAUCACCAUCACCAUCAUCAUCACCAUCAUCCUCAUCAUGGUGUGUUGAGCUCUCAGAUCCUGAGUGCCGACACGGAUGCCGCACAGCUUGUCAGCGCCUUGAAAGACAGACCAACAUGCACCGGCGUGGUGCAUACCACGCAGCCGCUGCCGCAGCAUUGGCACAAACUAAGCAGAGUUCUCUUGGUGUCUGCACGGAAGGUUCCAUUCUCCCUGUACUCAGUCUUGCCGUACAGCCGACGCAGUCAACAUGGAUUACUCAGGAAUGACUCUGAUACUAUUGCCUCUGGCCGCACCAGGAAGAGUUCUGGAACCAGAGGCGUGGGGAGCGAUACCAUGUCCGGUCUCACUGGCAUAGAGCUUGGUGAUGGAGGAAAGGAAAUUUCGUACCGUCACCUUCUUGUUCCAACUAAGGACCAGAUUGCGUACCGCAGACAGCUCAAUCUAGAGCUCCUUGGCUCCCCACAUUCCCCUGCAGUGAGAAAGAUUCCAGGCCACCCACUAUCCAUACAGUGGGACAGAGGUGACUCUGAUAACUCACUUCUAGAACACACCACAAACGUCUUGCCCUAUGACCCCAUGGAGCUAGAUGACCCUGGAUUGCAUGCUGGGAAGCACAGCAAGGUCAUGACCUUUACAUCAUAUAUGGUGUCCAUUUUAGAUUACACCAAACCCUCAGAGCUGAAGAAAGACAUCAAUCAGAAGUUCAAGGACAAGUUUCCACACAUAGACUUGUCCCUCAGCAAACUACGAAGUAUCAAGCGAGAAAUGAAGAAGAUAGCUGUUGAUGCAGGCACUAUGGAGAUGCUGACUCUAGCCCAUGCCUAUGUGUACUAUGAGAAACUAGUCCUGUAUGGCAAAAUCAAUAAGGAGAACAGAAAGUUAUGUGCAGGUGCUUGCUUGACCUUGGCCGCCAAACUGAGCGACACAAAAGGUGCCGAUUUGCAGAAUCUCAUCAAGGAGAUUGAGGACACAUUCCGAGAAAACCGUAAGGAAUUCCUGCAGCUAGAGUUCCCCAUCUUGGUGGCGCUAGAGUUCAGUCUACACCUACCUGAGAGUGUUGUGCUGCCCCACUACAGACGCAUCGCCCAGCUGACAUGACCCAGGCCCCCUAGAGUUCCCUAUCUUGGUGGCGCUAGAGUUCAGUCUACACCUACCUGAGAGUGUUGUGCUGCCUCACUACAGACACAUCGCCCAACUGACAUGACCCAGGCCCCCUAGAGUUCCCUAUCUUGAUGGCGCUAGAGUUCAGUCUACACCUACCUGAGAGUGUUGUGCUGCCCCACUACAGACGCAUCGCCCAGCUGACAUGACCCAGGCCCCACAUGGCUGGUGGACGUCCAGCAAGAGCCCAAAUUCUGCCAGUUUAUUAAAUCUCAUACCACCUGUGUAUUUAGACUC